GGAUCGAAGUAGUGUGAAAACAAUAUGGAGUCUUUAGUGAACUAUAGUAGCGAGGAUGAAGCAGAAAUGGAGUUUAAUAGCAGAAAAAGGGAUGAUUCAUCAAAGAACCGCGAUGGACGAGACGCACGCAGGUCGGACGAUGCCUGGUCAUCAUUGUCCGGGAGUCAGAAUGAGGCCAAGAAGGGGAGAAAGGAUGACACAAAUUAUGAGAGUGUACAGAUGGACAUGAGUGAGGACUCUGAGGAGGCAUCAUCGAAGGAUGAAAGAGAUACUCCAAGUACUCCAAAGCACAAGAGUCACUCUCACAGUGAACGUCGACGAAGCCACAGUGCAGACAAUGAGCGUGAAACUUCAAGAUACAAAUCUUCAAAAGAGCAUCAUCGUUCGUCCAGAGAUCAUAGGGAGAAGGAGAGGGAUAGGGAUAGGGAUCGGGACAAGGAUCGUGAUCGUGACCGUGACCGUGACCGUGACCGUGACCGUGACCGUGAUCGGAACAGACAUAGAGACAGAUACAGCGAUCGCAAAAACAAAGACUCACGACGUGAUCGUGAUCGCGAUCGGCAUCGGCGUCGUUCAUCAUCACGCGAACGCCGCCGCAGAUCCAGCUCCAGAGACAGUCGCCGUGAUCGUCGUCGAUCUAAGAGUCGUUCACGAUCUCGCGGACGAUCUCGAAGAACGCCAGAGGCCAAGACAUCUGCAUCCACAGCAUCAUUGACGUCUUUGGUGACUUCAAUGGCGCCGUCGAAUCCUCCGCCUGUGGCUCAGCCUCUGCCGUCGUCACCAAAGUUAAUCCCUACGGUUUCGGUGCCCGUGAACAAUGAGGCAGCGAAGCCUGAGAGAUUGGAUUGGCGGACACAGCAGCGGGUGCAGCAGCUGGAGAAGAUGGGCAUAGAUCUGAAGAAAUCAGAGACGGCGGCAAUUGAAUUACCCAGCUACUACAAUCCCGGCGUGGUGAAUCCUUCGCGAUAUGCUGAGCAGAUGCAAAAGAGGAAGUUGCUGUGGAGUCACAAGAAGGCGGAUAAUGUGGAGCAGGCGGCUGCAAAGUGGGAGACGGCCAAAUUUUCGCAGGAUCAGGAUGGAAAGGUGGCGUCAAAGUUUAUGAGAUUGAUGGGUAUCAAGGAGCCUCCGAAGGCUGGAGGAGGGGGUUCAUCGGGUUCUGGGGUGGAUCUGGUGAAGAAGCAGGAGGAAUUGUUCUCCACAAUGGAGCAGCAGUAUGAAGUGGCUAGACAGGUGACACACACAAUGCGUGGCGUUGGACUGGGUUUCACAUCGCAGUCACGCCCCUUCUAAACAGACCAACAACUCGCUAUCAUGCAAUAUUUCCUCCCUAUUAUCCUCGUGUGUGAAACAUUUUUGCCAAAUUAUCCGGUUGUAUCCUAAAAUAUACUCCAUGUCUUUGGCGUUUAACAAACGCGUACCAAUCUUUUGAGAACGAGAACAAUCUUUCACCCAAAAAACAUUUAGAAAGGCAUCUUGAGAAAUUUGAAUGAAAAAUAUAGUAUUGAGAACUUGAGA